CCCGGUGACCCCCUCAUCCUUUCCAGGCGCCGCUUUGGCCACAGCAAGAGCCCGCUCUACCGGGAGAAGAGCCCUGUGCGGGAGCCCCUGGGCAGCCUGAGCCCCGAGGAGCGGGACGCCCGCACCGUUUUCUGCAUGCAGCUGGCCGCCCGCAUCCGACCCCGCGAUCUGGAGGAUUUUUUCUCCGCCGUGGGCAAGGUGCGGGACGUGCGCAUCAUCUCGGACCGUAACUCGCGGCGCUCCAAGGGCAUCGCUUACGUUGAGUUCUGUGAGAUCCAGUCGGUGCCCUUGGCCAUCGGCCUGACCGGCCAGCGUCUCCUCGGGGUCCCCAUCAUCGUCCAGGCCUCUCAGGCGGAGAAGAACCGGCUGGCGGCCAUGGCCAACAACCUGCAGAAGGGCAGCGGGGGCCCCAUGCGCCUCUACGUGGGCUCCCUCCACUGCAACAUCACCAAGGAGAUGCUGCGCGGCAUCUUCGAGCCCUUCGGCAAGAUUGACAGCAUCGUCCUGAUGCGAGACCCCGACACCGGCCAGUCCAAGGGCUACGGCUUCAUCACGUUCGCGGAGGCCGAAUGUGCCCGGCGGGCGCUGGAACAACUCAACGGCUUCGAGCUGGCCGGCCGCCCCAUGCGUGUGGGGCAGGUGACCGAACGCCUGGACGGCACCACCGACAUCACCUUCCCCGAGGGCAGCGAGGACGUCGAGCUGGUGGGAGCCACCGGCCGUCUCCAGCUCAUGGCUAAGUUGGCCGAAGGUGAGGCGGGCGACUCGGGGGAGGCAUCUGGGGGGGGCGUCAGGAGGUCGUUAUGGGGCUGGGGGGGCUUUAGGAGACAUCUGGAGGGGUUUCAGGAGGUCGUUAUGGGGCUGGGGGGACUUUAG